AUGCCAGUCAACCUUCGCAAAGACAGUCGCAGCGCGCUAUCUGUAGACAUUGAUGCUUUGAGGUCUAUUAGCGCCAGUCGCAGGCCCUCAGGAGCGGCCCCCAAUGUUGUGGUAGCCAGUUCACCAGGUCAGCACGUUGCAGACGCCGUGUCUCGCCAUUUGGUCAGUGCUUCCGACUCUGCAGAUGCAGCGUCUUUCAACCCUUUGCAUCUGCUCGGAGGAGAUAUCACCCGGGAGCUUUACCGUUGGCAAGACCAAAACCAGGAUGAGGCGGUCGAAGGACAGCAAAUUCGCUCCGAGAUGCCCAAACAUCGCCGGUCGGCUAGUUUUUCAGGCAGUGUGAUGUCGCAUAGCUCCAUCCCAAACACUGAAAUGUCGGCAGAACAAAUGCGAGCUCCACAAGGCUUCAGACGUAGCUUUUUGGUUACCAAGAGUUUACAAGAAAACGGGGACAUUCCCGUUUUCAGUGCUCGUAAUUUCUACGAGUUCCUCACCCUGUAUGGACAUUUUGCCGGGCAGGAUCUGAGUGAAGAUGAGGAUGAAGAUUUGGAUAAAACGCACCCUGUAGAGGAAGAUGAGGAAACGGCGCUGUUAGGCGAGAGUCCUGCUAAAAGACGUGCUGCCAUACGCGCGAUGCGCCGCGGAGCUCACAAAUCCUCCACUUUGAAGGCGGUCCUGCUAUUGUUGAAGUCAUUUAUCGGGUCGGGUGUUUUAUUUCUACCUCGUGCAUUCCAUAACGGCGGGUGGGCUUUCUCUUCGUUCUCUCUGCUUACGUGCUGCCUCUUAUCGUAUCACUGUUUCAUUCUUUUGAUCAAUACCAAGAACAAGCUGAAAGUCAAUGGCUAUGGUGACUUGGGGGGCGCAAUUUACGGUCGCCACAUGGAAAAUGCCAUUUUGGGAUCCAUCGUUUUGUCGCAAAUUGGGUUUGUGGCUGCUUACACUGUCUUCACUGCAACUAACCUUCAGGUUUUCUUCGCAAAUGUGUUUGAAUGGGAAUCCUCAGUGACAUUCUGGAUUUUAGUGCAACUGCUUUUCAUAACUCCCUUGUCGCUUACCAGAAACAUUUCCAAACUAAGUGGAACUGCGUUAAUUGCGGACCUUUUCAUCUUUUUUGGACUCACAUAUGUCUACUACUACUGCGGUACAUAUGUCGCUGCGCAUGGGAUUGCCUCUGAGACAAUGCUAGUUUUCAAUAAAAAUGAUUGGACAUUGUUCAUUGGCACUGCAAUCUUCACUUACGAAGGCAUAGGGCUUCUUAUCCCAAUUCAAGAGUCGAUGAAGCAUCCAGAAAAAUUUAACAAAUGUUUAUUCGGGGUCAUGGCCUCGGCAGGGGUUGUUUUUAUCUCCUGUGGAUUUCUGUGCUACUCGGCUUUUGGCGAGGAGGUCAAGACUGUCAUUCUACUGAACUUUCCUCGCGACUCAGGGAUGACUACGAUGGUACAAUUACUGUAUGCCUUGGCGAUUUUACUUUCGACUCCUUUACAGUUGUUUCCCGUCAUUAGAAUUCUGGAAACAAGCAUUUUCCCCAAAGACGCCUCGGGAAAAUACAAUCCCCGUGUCAAAUGGCUCAAGAACUAUUUUAGGAUAGCAGUCGUUAUCAUGAACUUGACCAUUGCUUGGUUAGGGGCAAAUGACCUAGAUAAAUUCGUAUCUCUGGUGGGGAGUUUUGCCUGUGUGCCUCUCAUUUACGUGUAUCCGCCAAUGCUGCACCUACAAGCGUUUCGCAAUGGCGGAGCUUCAAAGCUGUCAUUGGUAUCUGAUAUGCUGAUCGCCAUAUUUGGCGUUUGCGUCAUGGUCUACACCACUUAUCAAGCAGUCUAUCUGUGGUUUUCCUGA